AUGGCGUACGUUGAUACUAGCAGUGGAGACGGCGGAGUUGUGGUGUUCUUGCAUGGCAAUCCCACGUCCUCUUACCUUUGGCGCAACAUCAUCCCCAACGUAUCGCCGCUGUCCCGGUGCCUGGCCCCUGACCUGAUGGGGAUGGGCGAGUCAGACGGGACCCCGAAUGGCUCGUACCGCUUCUUUGACCACAGCCGAUACCUCGAUGCAUGGUUCGAUGCCGUGUUGCCAGAGGGCCCGGUAACGCUGGUUGUACACGACUGGGGAUCGGCCUUGGGUUUUCACUGGGCCAAGCGGCAUCCGGAGCGUGUGAAGGGGCUGGUAUACAUGGAGGCCAUCGUGCGUCCGGUGACAUGGGACGAGUGGCCGGAGGCGGCGCGGCAGGUGUUCCAGGGAUUUCGCUCGGACGCUGGCGAGACCAUGGUGCUGGAACGCAACAUCUUCGUUGAGCGCGUACUUCCCGGCAGCACAAUACACGGCAUUAGCGACGAGGCGAUGGAAGUUUAUCGCCGCCGCUAUGCCGAACCGGGCGAGUCGCGGAGACCUACGCUGUCCUGGCCCCGCGAGAUCCCCAUCGAGGGGGAGCCGGCGGACGUGGUAGCCCUCGUCGCUGAAUAUGCUGAAUGGCUCUCGCAGACACCCAUCCCCAAGCUGUUCGUCAACGCCGAACCGGGCGCAAUCCUGACAGGCCCGCAGCGAGAGUUCUGCCGAACCUUCGCCAACCAGCGUGAGGUAACCGUCCCAGGUGUCCACUUCAUCCAGGAGGACUCGCCGCACGAAAUCGGCGCUGCCAUCGCAGAAUGGUACGCGGGGUUGUGA